AGAUGGCGUUAGCGGCUAACGCGGGCGAUUGCAUUCUGUAUCACAAAGAUUGUGCGGCCAGUGGUGACAAAUCAUUGACGCAGUAGAGUUCAGGGUCGUCAGGUGUUGUGCAAAAAGAUGGUACAUUGAGACAAUACACGGCCAGCACGCAGAAUAACGCUCGUUCGGCCUCCUCACCAUGUAGGCCUGUUUUGUAGGGAGUGGACCGAAGCGGCUGGAACUCCAUCUCCCGACAGCAGCCGCGGCGUCAGAGGGACCAUGGCUGCAGCAUCGGUGCAAGGUGGAGGCAAACAGUCUCGAGCAGCCUCCAGAGAAGGUCAUGCAUCAUCAUCAUCAUCAUCAUCAUCGUCCCCAGAGUCCUCCCUGUCCUGGUGCUUGGCUCACCUCUUCAAACCUCGCCCGGGGGCUGACCAUCCCGGGAGUGGCAAGACAGACUCAGGUGGUGGCAAGGAACCGGACAAGAGGUACAGAACGUCUCAGUGGAGAGCCCUGGUCGCCAUCCGCAUGCAGCACAUCAAGGGUGACGCUGGCAUCUCCAGAUUCCGGACUCAAGGGGGUCUCCCUCCCCUGUUGGACCUCCUCAAAGAGCCAGAGUGCUCCAGGAAAACUCUGGACCUGGCCCUGAGCAUCCUGGCAAACUGCUGCACCGAUCUGAAGACACGUAUAGAGGUGCGUAAACUUGAUGGAAUAAAUACCGUUGUGGGGAUCCUGAAGAGAAAUGUGACCCAGGAGACCAUCCAGAACCGAGCAGCCCGAUCUUUGGGGAACUUGGCCAUGGAUCCACAAAGCUGUGCACUCAUCCACUCAUCUGGUGGUAUUCCUCUUCUCCUCCUCUGUGUGUCUCUUUCCUCUGCCCCGUCCUCCCCGACUGCUGCUCCACCGAAAGAACCCUGUCCUAAACUGGAGUGUGCUCAGUCGGCUGCUCGGGCCCUUGGCUACCUCUCGGAUUCUCCCUCGAACCGCCUGUCUUUGCUCACCCAAGGGACCUUAUCGGCUCUGGCUCCUCUCAUCGCUCCAGAAUAUCCCGAGGGGCUGAGGCGGGUGGCACUAAAGACCCUACACGAGCUGACCCGGGGCUGUGGCAUUGAAUGUGCCAGGGAGGUGUCCCGCUCUGGGGUCAUCGCUCAACUUGGCGUCAUGGCAUUAGGGGAGGCUGGGAAACCUUUUGAGGAGUUGGCCCUGAAAACUUUGGCCAACAUGUGCUCCCAAGGCUGCCUGCGUCCUCUGGUGGGGUCACUGGGCGUCAUUCAGAAGUUCACAGAAGAAGUCAAAAAGGACCCGCUGAAGUCAGGAGUCUUCCUCAAGGCUCUGUGCUUGUGCUGCAAGGAGGCGGUCAACCGGGCCAAGGUUAAGGAGAGCGGUGGACUGGAGGUGUUGACUAGCUUUUUGUCCGCCCAUCAGAAUCAUCCUCUUUCCUGGCUCAUCAUUCUGGCUUGUGUAGACUUUGUUUUCGAUGAAUCUGCCAUGGAGCAGUUGCAAGAGUUAGGGCUGGUCCCUCUGCUUAUAGCAAGACUAGUACAGCUCACCAGAGGAGAGGAACAAUGUGCUGAGAAAAUGGAUGUGAGCACAACGUCAAACAUGUCUCCCACUGAGCUCCUGCCCACAGCAGGCUUUGACUCUUUCGACUUUCCUGCUCCUGAGAGCUGCAAGAAGGAGGAGGCCGGUUCCUCAAGCUUUCAAAGCCUCACAUCCUGGUUGGUGUCUGAGGGACUGAUCUCCUCUGAGGGUGACCUGUUGGAUUCCUCUGGUGCUGAUGGGGAAUGGGGCAAUGUUCCGAUCCCACCUUCCUCAUCCCCUCAAACCUCCGCCCCAUCCAAGUUCUCAUCCCCUCACAGAAGGAGGCAGCGGGCUCAAUCGUCAGCUUCUGCGACUAAGGUCACUUCUGACACCCCUCCCUCGGCUCCCCGCCCCAUGGCGUACCACCACCCUUACCACCCUGAACCCUGGACCACUGAGUCGCCCAUCCUGCUGCUGCUGUCGUGCUUCUCCCACGCCACGGAUCCAAGUCUCGCUCUAGUCAGCUCAGGCAUCAUGUCUGGCCUGCUCUACUACCUCACCCAGCACCAGGACCCCAGCAGCAGGUGCUUCCGUAUGCUUUGCAGACUGAGCUGCAACCCGAACUGUCUGCAGGCGUUGGUCCGAACAGGAUCAGUGGGAUUGAUUUACCACCAUCUCUGUCAGAGAGAGGGAGGGCUCGAAGGGGAAGAGAGGCAGACGAGCCGCGUAAAAAACAAAGUUAAACAACUAGGUGUUGCACUUCUCACCAAUCUGCGUGUGCAGUGUGAGUCUGGCUUUGGCUCUGGGGUUCUUGCACAUGUGAUGAUGUCAGGCUCCGAUUCGGACAAGAUGAACUGUGCACUGUCUCUGCCAUUUAUCAGCAGCAACAAGUCCCUGUUGAAGAAACUUCUUUUGGACAGUGGUGGGCUGCUCUUGGCUCUGCAGCCACUUGGAUGUGAUGAUGAAGAGGAUUUGGAUGAAGGCAACCCUGCUGAAUUUGGAAAGUUGCUAUCUGACUUGUUUAAUUCACCCCAUGCAGGUCAGACCUCUCAGGUUCAAUCACUGUACUUUUCUCUCCUGAGUGAAUGCCUGUCUGCACUGACUAGUAACAUGAAAACUGAAAUGGACAAAAAACAUCUAAAUCCAGCCGCAACACACUCGGUCAGUAAAACGGGCAGAGUUUUACCACCUCCCUCAAAAAAGCCUCGGCUAACUGACAAAUGUCCUUACAGUCUCUCAAAUUUUGACCUGCUCUUGCUACUGGACGAUGGGACUCAGGUCCCAGCCAAUAGGGAGGCUGUGGCUGGGGUGGAGGGGAAAGAAAGGGUGGGCUCUGAGUACUUUAGGGCUCUGUUGAGAGGUGGAUUUGGAGAAGCUCAGGGUAAUGGAGGAGAUCCCAUCCGCAUCAAAGACGUCAGCACGGGCAUGCUACUACCAGUGCUGCAUUACCUACAUGGAUGUCGUCUCACCAAGGACAGAGAAUCAACCAGGGAAGGUGAUGAAGGAGAGAGCGGCAGACAGUGUCAGAUUUUUGACUCACUGGUCCUUGAGGGACUGAGGAGCAGAGGCCAGUCAGCAGAAGACUUCCAGGAAACACCUUUAGGUGAGAUGAUGAUUGGAGCUUGUCGAUUUUUGGUGACGGAGCUGCAGAGAGAUUUGGAGGAUCUCUGUGAGUCGUGUCUUCUGUCCUGCUCCACCAAGGCUGCUUCAACCAGAGCUGAUCCGGCUCCUCCUACAGAAGACAAUCCUGAAAGAGCAGCAGUUAAAAUGGAUCAAGAAUGCCAUGAGUCCGCCGAGGAGAAACUGGCUCAUCAAACGUCUGAGCUAGAACUCUCCGGGUUUGAGAUGCAAACCGAAGAUUUACCAGGACAGGCAAUGAAAGCGAACAGUUCCCCACAGCAAACGCACAAUAAAAAAGCCUCAUUUGUUGGAGCAGUUAAAAGAGGACACGGUUCAAGUUCCAAGACAGUCAAAAGUGUGAGUUCAGGUUCCAAAUCAAGCUGUGGGACAAUUAUGGACAAAUCAUUUAAAUCAGCAGAGUCAAGGUUAAAACCAAAGAACCCAAAUGAAAGGUCGGCCCAGCUUCUGAAAUCAGCAGCUCAGGAGUCAGACGCUGAUUCAGGAGGCGGGGCUCUGGCUUCUCUCCUCCUGCAGGUGUACUGGUUUUCCCAGCGCUACAGUUACCCAGCGCUGGGUCGGGCCUGUUUGUCUCUGUUGCUGGGUGGUCAGGACUGUCCUCGACCCUUCUCCACCUCCUCCUUCGCUGCUGAUUGCCUUCGCAGACUCGCCAGAGAGAGGGGCUGUGCAGAGACUCUGAAACAGGAUUUACUAAGUUUGGCCACAGCGGCUCUGAGUUGAGCAGGAAGUUCUUAGGCCACAGAUAUAAUGGGGCUUGAAAUAAACUUAUUUUUAAGUUAUCAUUAUAUCAAAUUUAAGAAAUAACAUCAUAGGACGUGCAGGUCAUAAUCUGAUGAACAUGCUACUAAAAGAACUGACUCUUGAUUUAUUUUCAUAUUUUUACUGUAUAAAUGGUAUAAAGUAUAGCCUGUGCCAGCAUGACACCAUUUUGUUAUAAUUUUCCGUUGACAGAUUAACUUCUAAUGACAUUUGUAUUGUGAUUAUUUUUAAUUUAAUUUUUUUGUUUUGGAAAAAGUCAAAGCACAUGACUACAAUGCAUCUGAUAAAUGUCAUUUAGCUGGAAGUACUGGAAUUAUCAGGGUUGAUAAGGAGCCAGUUGUUUAUUUUGUACAUAGAGAUUAUAUGGAAAAAGCAGAUAUACAGUGUAUAGGUUUAAACCUGCUGCAUAGAAAUGUAUGCCUCUGAAUAUAUUGGUGGAACAUC